AUGAAUUAUACAGAACGAUAUAUUUAUCGAGUACAACAAACAGUUAGAGCUGUAUUAAAUGGCACAAUACCACAGUUGACCAUUUCUCUAUGGUCUGGUCUCUCUAUGGAAUUUGAAAUUAUUGGUGAAAAUCUCGAAUGUAAACUAAUAUUACCAGAAAAAUUUCGAACACAUAUUGAAGGUCUAGUAGGAAAUUUCAAUGGAGAUUCUAAUGAUGAUCUAUUUAAUCGAGAAACAAAUCAGAUAGUUCCAAUAGAAAACACAUCGAACUUACCAGCAUCGGAACAUGAUAAAGCUGUUCUUGAAGCUUGUCUUUCAUGGAAAGUACCGAAUGACAUAACAUUAGACAAUAGAAAACCUAUUAUGCCAAGAAGUUUAGUAGAAUGGUAUUAUAAGAAUGCGUCAAACUUUCUUACAACUUUGAAUCCACGUAUUGUCAAUCAAACAUGUCAUGACAAUUUUGAAUGUAUUCAUGAUUAUCUCAUUCGAAUAAAUGCUUUUACUAGUCAAGCAACAGCUUCAGGAGUAAGAAUAAUAAAAGAAUCGAGAAUUGCAUUAGCUGAAAGGUCUCCGACGGUCGAUUUGAUAUUACCUGUUAAAAUCAUCUUACCAAUUGAUAACACAAAUCGUAAUUAUUCAUUUGAAAUUAAUAUUAUCGCUGGUGAUGGAACACCUAUAAGAAGUGCUCAUGUCACUAUUUAUCCAUUUAAUACAACACAAAAUAUCAAUAAUAAUGGUUUGCCAUCUAUCAUAGUGCCAAUGCCGACCACUGCAAGAAGUUCUGUUGAAGUUUUAUUGACAAUACAAUAUGGAUCUAAUUCUACAUUCCAAACAUAUUUGGAUAUUCUUGCAUGUUUAUGUACGAAUGGAAGUACAUGUAAUUUUGAGGAAAGAACUAUAAAAUCUGAUCAUUAUCAGCUUGCUUCAUGCGACUGUCUACCACAAUAUGAUGGUAUUUUAUGUGAGUUGGUUUAUGAUGGUUGUACAUCUGGUAGUGCUUGUAAAGUUAACUGGGAUAAUGAAACAACAUGUAUUAAAUUGAAUGCUACUGAUCAAUUAGCACAAAAUGGUUCCUAUUAUUGUAAGGGGACAUGUAUAAAAGGAUAUCAUAGUUCAGUCAAUGAUAUCGAUGAAUGCAGUUUAAAUUUGUCUUUAUGUGGAAAGGGCACAUGCAUUAAUCUUAUUGGAUCAUAUACCUGUGACUGUCCUUCUGGCUAUCGAUUCUAUAGUGAAACGUGUGUUGAUAUUGAUGAAUGUACUGAACCAGAUAUUGAUGGUACCUUUCUUCGACGCUGUAGUGAUGGUGAACUUUGUAUAAAUACAGAUUAA